AUGGCGGAAGAAUUGGGAAUCGCUUUUUACACUCGGCGCCAUUUCAAUUGGCCAGAUGCAGUCUUGUGGCCACAUCAGGUACCUGGAUUCCGUGACCCCAAACGCUUCAUAGUGCUGCUGUCGGGUAAAGAUGCGAUAAUCAAUGCCAGUCGGAUUCGUCGCUAUCUACUGGAGGGAGGAAUGGCAGACGCUUUUCCAUUAACUUCAGACACCUCCAACUCUUCCCAAGGGUGCGACGACGAGCCGCUCAUUCAAGUUGAGAUCGAUAGGCAAGACUCUGCCCCGGGAAGUCAAAAUAUUGGCACAAGCGAGCGAAUCGGUAAUGGUGGGAUCAUCUUUGAUCCAGAGGCGGCACAUGGACAAGCUCUACUUCCUGACCAUCCAUAUCUAAAAGCAAUCCUAGGCUGGCUCGAAGGGAAUGGGAUCCGAAUGGAUAACGGUCCUCAGUAA